GAGGUCCGGUGCGGAUUCUGAAAGGGGAUGUUAAGUUGAUCAACAACCAACAGAAGGUUAUGGUCCGUGGAAGGGUAAAAAUUGACAGGAAAUUAGGGAAUUUACCAUUCAGAUACGAAGUAACAAUAAAGAAGAACGGCAAGAACCUUGGUUGCUCCAUUAGUGCUUGUAAUGGAAGGUUGACAUGCUCCGUCAUUAAGAAGAACUUGAACAAGAAUGGAAUAAUAUGCACAUCCAAAAGUUUGAACCGAGGAUCAGCAACGAUUAAAAGCAGCCCGAACCGUAGUGUGCCUGGGUUGCAAACUAUGCUGGGCAGAUUAGGAAAGGGAAAGUACACGAUUACAGCAAAACUGCGUGCGCUUAAAGGAAAUAAAGUGUAUGGAUGCGUCCAAUUGACAACGAAUAAAAGGGGCUAGAAGUAAAAAUGCUUCUUGGGAUGAAAGAAGUGACUGAAAUAAAGUUAAUGUU